AUGUCUACAACACCAAUGCGCACAACCUACCGCGCCCUCCUCCGCGAACUCCCACGCCGCAGCCUCUCAACCCCCUCCCCACUCCACCAACAACUACGUGCGAUCUUCCGCUCAAGUCCAUCGGUAUCCUCAUUCCAACCAGAAUUGAAAUCCAAUGUCCUCACCUUCUCAAUCCCAACAACAGACGAGGAACGGCUCAUCCGCGUCCAAGAAGCAGACCAGCUCGCUCAGUAUGCCCGCGCCCAGCGCGUCUACUCUGAGCUCGUCGAGCGCUAUAACCCUGGUGCGGCUAUGGAUGAGGAGGAGAAGAUUCGUCUUACGGCUAGACGGGUUGGGUUUGAGUUGCCUGACUUGCAUGUUCCUGAGGAGAAGUGA